UUUGGCAGGCCUACUGUGGCUUGAUUUGGAUGACCCAAAUUCCCCAGAAGACCAGCCGUCCACAGCCAAACUCGACACUACUGCACCAGUCCCCGCCGCAUCGUCUGCAUUCAAGUGUAUGAUUAACAUAUUGGAGUUUAAGAAAACUUUGCAGUUCCUUGCAUGGAUGAACCAACCAUUUGCAAGCUUGCUUAAUUUGCAGCAUUUGGGAACAACUGAUAUUGAAAAGCUAAUGCUUGCUGGGUUGAUGACUCUACACUCGAUUGAGAACACCUCAACAUCAGAGCUAGAGAGGAUAUUGGAGAAACGCCCGCCGUUUGGUGAGCAGCUACUUGAUUCGGUUCGUCUUAUCCCAAAAUAUGUUCUUGAAGUGGAGCAGACGUGGUCGAGUGAUCCCAGCACGUUUGUCAUUCAGCUCUGCUUGAGAAGUUCAAGGCCAUCCGCAAGUGACACGGUGAUAGUGCUUGUUGGUGACGGCAACAAUAAAAUCAUUUGCAAACAUCGAUUGAAAUCAACAGAUAUAAUUGACGAUGGGUACAAAGAGGUGAUAUCUAUUCUAAGCAAAGAGGCUGGUCAACGGUUAUCAUUCAGCGUCAUCAGUACUAAUUUCGCCGGAAUUGACCUCCAUACAAGUUUCACUCCAACAUCUACGAUACCAAAUCUGAAAUCCAGAUUUCCGAGCUGCCAAACUCAGAGCAAAACCUGUGCACCUGAAGCUUUUCAUGACAUAUCCGUUGGUUACGUGGAAGAUACUGAAUUCUGCGCUUGUCAGCGAGAUAUAUGUGACGCCGAAGAAAAGGCUAGUAUACAGUGGCCAGAGGCUACAAGCACGCAGGCCCCGCAUGGUCCGUCCAAUUCACAAUUGUUUCGGGUCGGUUUCCCUCAGUCACCAAUCAGUGGCGUUGAACGAGUGUCGUCUACUCGGUUUCACAAAUCAACUCAGCAAGCGGGUGCGCCUGAAACGGGGAAACAAACAAUAAAACAACGAAACGGAACAAAAACAUCCAAACUGAAAUCCACUUUCACCUGGACCCCCGCAACACCGCACUCUACUCCAAAGAUUCCGCUGAUACAGACCUCGAUGCUAGAUUACAUGAGAUCACACCGAGGACAGAGCAAAGUUAUCACAAAGCCACUGUCCGAAAUGAUUCGUCCGCGAUCUCCCUUGAUUAACACACCUACGGCAGCAGUUCCAAAGUCCAUAACAACAGUGAACAGAAGUGAUCCGGUUUACAGAAAGUUCCGUUGGAGUCCACUCAACGACAUCAAUCAACACCAGAACAGUGGUCGGAUAAAGGGAGAGACCUUCGACCAACAGGACGUAAUCACAGUACCCAACCAGCUGAAGUUGCCUCAAGUAAGUAACCUAAUAGCAGAAAAUUUCGAAACUACUGCAUUGCAGGAGACUCCUCACAAUCCCAAAUGCGUGACGGAAGGCACGAGAUAUAUCAAUCAAGAUACAUUCACAGAGUAUCUCACAAAAGAAUGCGAAGACUGUGGUCUAUCAGUUAGUGACCUAGAUACUGAUAGACUGAGUUGGAGCCCGAUCAGCAUAAUAGAAAUGGCAGUGGAAGACGGGUAUAACCAACUGAAAGAAAGCAGUUUUGAAAACCUAUACCAGUCUCCAGUGGAGUUAGCGUUGUCACCCAAACAGUCGCUGUCGGACAAUGACUGUUUGAUGAUUCCUAAUCAAUCCUGUGAGGUCAUACUGGCUAAGGAGACGCAGACCAUCGAACAUGCCGGAGCGACGGAAUCGACAGCAAUCCCAACUGUGCCACUGGUGGAACGACUUCCGGAAUCCAUGAGUUUUCAAGGGCAGUACAUAAUGGGUGAUGGGUCGGCGACUGUAAAACGUAUCCAUACACCAAUUUCAUUCCCCGAAUUCAAUAGGAAUGGAGAAAACCGUCCACGUUUUAGCAUGACUCCGCGAGAGAACCUGGAGUGUACUAAAAAAGCGAGUAACCCAUUGCUCUCGUCGAGUGCGGCACGGGAAGUGAUCACUACUAGUCAUAACCAAAGUGUCACUCCAACUGUCCCUCAGCCUUUCGAGUUUAAAGCACCAACCGACAUACGGUUCGAAAAACUUCUGCAUAAAUGGAGACGCCUUAAUAAUCAGGAAGAACCUACAAACAAACCAGCGUUUACUGUUGACAUGGACUUGAUCAAUGAAGGUUGGGAAGAACUGGCAUGUUGGAUACGUGUUACGGAGAUAUGCUCCCAGUACAAUGUGGAAGACUUGUUGGUUCGAACUGGUAUGCAAGAAACUCCCCGAACGACAGAUUCAAACCGGCAAACCAAACGAGCGCUGAACGGAGGGCUUACAGAAGUGAUCAAAACGACAACCGUACAGACGCUCGGUGAAGAAGAAGCGAACACCAAGCACGACACUCCCGGCAGUUCGAAGAGGCCGCCUGUUGAUUUAGACCAGUAUCCGAACCCAUUGGCUGCGAGUGAAGAAUG